GAGCCCCAUCUUGGGCGACGACUUUGACCAGCAUCAUAAAGGGCACAGCGAAAGCUCAGCCGCUACUACAUAAUUAAUAUGUGCUUGAUAGUAAGAUUUCUUGGACAUUGCAACGCUGCAACGCUGCAAAAAUGGUGUUUGAAGUAUUUUGCAACCUGUGCGCGGUCGGCCAGGGCCUCGUCCUGUUGCCCUUCGUGUGUCUUCUCAACUGUAUGAUUUAUUCCUUAUGGCCACUUGCAUGGCUAGUGGACUGGCUUGGAGUGGUCGAAGACUGCCGGGAUGGCGAGGUCGUCGGCAAGGCGAAAGGGGCCUUCGAGGACCUCGGGGCGGUACCGCGGCCUCGCCUACUGGCGGUAUUCCGGCCACUUGCGCUGGAAGCGUCUAGUGUGCGCAACAUCGACGAGGCUAUCUUGACGCCCGCCAAGGAGCUCGUUCCGUCUGGCCCCUGCACCAAGGACAACAGCGCCAACGCCCCCACCGGCGCCUCGUCCUCCGAGCCCGAUUCGGGCCGGGUGUCGGGCGUCGCCUCCGGGGUGGCAGCAACCGAGGCGCCCGCCUCAUGCUCCGGCGCCGUGGUGCCCUGCUCUCCUUCCCACGAGGAGCAGAUUCGGCCUGUGUCCUCUGAUUCUACCGACUCCCGCCCCAAUGGUGGCCCCUGCUACAACUACGAGACCGACACUGAUGAUGAUGAGGAAGAUUACAGGACCAUCACUGAAAUAGUCCGUGCAACGCCGGCUGAGAAGCUGCUGGGGUCCUGGCGGCACGACGGCAUGCCCGCCCUGGGCACGGGCGGCUUUGGCGCCGUGUACCGCGGCCACCUGCCCCUCUCGGCCGGCCGCGAGAUCGAGGCGGUCGCCAAGAUUUACAGCGCGGCCGGCGACCAGGGUGCGGCCCACAUGAAGCGCGAGAGCCGCGCCAUGCGGAUGCUGCAGGAGUCGGGCGCGGAGGGCCGCGGCUGUGUGCUGCAGAUGUACGCGGCGGGCAUGCACCCCAGCGAGAACCGGCCCAUGCUGCUGGUGGAGCUGGCUAGCAGCUGCCUGUACGAUUCACUGCGCGCCGCCGAGAAGUGCCGCCAAAACGCCGGCAUGACGUCGGCGGACGCACCGCUGAUGGGGGAGGCGGAGAUGGUGGGGGUGCUGCUCGCGGUGGCCGGCGCGCUGACGGAGAUGCACGACAUUGGCAUCGUGCACCAGGACAUCAAGCCCGAGAACGUGCUGUACCGCGCCAACGGCAACCCGUGUGUGGCGGACAUGGGUCUGGCGGUGGUGCUGGGGCCGGGCCGGCGGAGCUACCGCAGCGGCUGCGGCGGCACCUGCUGGUUUGCCGCGCCCGAGCUGGGCCUGCACCUGCCCGCGCUAACCGACUGGGUGAUGCUGCGGCGGAGCCUGGAGGAGCAGGAGCAGCUGGCGGCGGCCGCCGCGGCCGGAGCUCAGCAGCCGGACGAGCAGGUGGCAAUGACGGUGGAGGAGUCGGACGAGACGGAGACUGAGACGGAGGAGGAGGAGAGUUCGGGUGGCAUGGACCUGGGCAGUUCGCUGGAGGGCAGCGGUGCCUCAGCGUUCGAGUCCGGCUCCGGCUCAGAUUCUGGGUCCGAAUCUGGAUCCGAAUCCUCGGAGGGCCGGCAGUCGCAGCAGCAGCACCAGCCGGAGCAGAAGCGGAAGAGGGCGCCGGCGCUCACGCCCGCGGUGGACGUGUGGAGCCUGGGCAUGUUGGCGCUCAGCAUGGCGGUGACGGGCAAUGGGGUGCAGGCGUGGGCCUACGCCGUGAUGCGCAGGAAGGCGCUGCCCGGGUAUGUGCCGACCUGGGUGGCGGCCCUCAUUUGGGACUGCACGGAGUGGCAGCCGCGCGCGCGCCCCAGCGCUGCGCAGGUGCUUGAGCGGCUGCAGGCUGUGAAGGCUGGGAUUGUGCGGAGGGUUUGAGGUGUGCGCUGCAAUGCGCGGAGCGAAAAGCAGGCAAGCGCGCCAUACGAAUAGUACGGCAAAUUGAUGGUGCCACGCACAGAGCUUACGCAACUGAACACAGUACUUACCUGUGCUCAAACUGAGGAUAAACUCACCUCGGAAUAAAGUCAUGAAGUGUUCCUUUCCAUAUUCAUAUCGAUCGUCCUUCCUUGCUGCGCUGGCUGCGCGGAGGGUUUGUGUUGUGCGCUGUGCCGCUGUCGUGUCUACUGUACGUCUGUCCGGCAGUGGUGAUUUCGAGGCUUAUGAGACGGAUAUUUCAUCCGUCUUGCUUCCCUGAUGGGCUGCAUUGGCUCUCUUUGACUUCCCUGACCUGCACGACUUGCCAAACGAUACCGUAUGCGCACAGCUUGCAACGACCAAUGCAGGUAAUGGCACGCCCAGUGUGGCACGUGCGCGGUUUGCUGUUCGCUUGUAUCGAAAGGGUUCCCGUUAGCACUGCCUAGCACUAGGCACAUAGCACUAGGCCCCAGCGAUUGAUUGACUCGGCUGGCAAUUUACAUGUACGUCCAUACCGUAUGAUUUCUUAGCUCAUUCAUUCUUGUAGCUAAAGUUUAUCUAGGCCUAGUGAGGGGUGGCGUGGCAGGAGUGAGGGUGCUGGGUGGCGCGAUGAUACGAGUGAUGUUCAGUCUUGAGGGUAUAGAAGCUACCCGCACCACGUCCGGCAUGCACGAGCUUGUGUAUGGUAUGGUUAUGGCUAUAGGCCGCAAGAAUGAUUCCAGACGAUGGCCCAUGGUCACGUACAUACGACCUGCAUGGAGACGGACCAUGAGCGGUUGACACUUCUUAGGGCGAUCACUCUUCACAACCGCUCGUUUUUCGACAUUGAAGGGAUGGCAUUGGCCUCCAUGUAACAAGUUGAUACA